AUGGUGGCGGGGCAAUUCCACGAGCUUAGAAAUAUCAGCCCGGCCAAAACCGCCCCCCAAUCCGCAACAGAAAAACGCCUUGCCCGCAUCCGCGGCGAAAUCCCCUCCACAGCCCCCCGCAAAACCUACCGCGAAGGCGCCGCCACAACCGACGCCUUCAUCCAAUCCAAGCGCGACCGCCGCACGAUCCGCCACUCCUCCUUCAUCCACAAGAUCCAAAAGUCGGCGCCCCGCGCUGCCACCUCCGCCAAGAGGAGAAGACCUAGCAAGAAGCUUGUCGCUACGUUAGAGGACCUCGUCGAUGCGUUGCCCGAGGUGGAGGAGCUAAGUGCCGAGGCCGUGGGCAAGGUGAGGCAUAAGAGUUUGAAGAGUCGGCCGGGGGCGUUAAAGAGGAAGGAGAAGAUUGUGAGGGGGGAGAUGGAGAGGUUUGGGGAGAGUAUGGCGAGGUUGGUCGCUGGUGGAGGUGCGACGGGGGGUUUGGGUGGAGGGGAGGGGGAGAAGAAGGCAGCGAAUCCGACGGGGAAUAGGUGGGCGGCUUUGAAGGGGUAUAUCUCGGCGACUAUGGAACAAAACCCGGCCUUUGCGGCGAAGGGGAAGGAGUAA